AUGAAGACUGAUUUCAAGUUCUCCAACUUGCUUGGAACCGUCUACUGUCAAGGGAAUCUCUUGUUCAGUCCAGAUGGAACCUGCCUGUUCUCUCCAGUCGGGAACCGGGUCACUGUUUUUAAUCUUGUCGAGAACAAAUCGCAUACACUUCCGUUCGCACACCGAAAGAAUAUCUCAAGGAUAGGCCUGACACCGCGGGGCAACCUAUUAUUUUCUGUCGAUGAGGACGGUCACGCUAUCUUGACCAACGUUACCCGGCGCAUACCUAUAUACCACUUCUCCUUCCGCUCGCCUGUCACUGCCCUUGCUUUCUCCCCCUCGGGGCGCCAUUUUGCCGUCGGAUUGGGUCGCAAGACUGAAGUAUGGCAGGUCCCUUCUACGCCCGACUCGAGCCCCGAAGGUGGCCUGGAGUUUGCACCUUUCGUGCGCCACCAUACUCAUAUGGGCCAUUUCGAUGAUGUGCGCCAUAUAGAGUGGUCCAACGACUCUAGAUUCUUCUUGACAGCAUCCAAGGAUUUGACAGUUCGCAUAUGGAGUCUACAAGCCGAGGAAGCUUUCGUCCCGACUGUAUUAUCCGGACAUAAACAAGCUGUCGUUGGAGCUUGGUUCUCUAAGGACCAAGAGACGAUAUAUACCGUCAGUAAGGAUGGUGCAGUAUUCGAAUGGCAGUAUACUAGGCAUCCCGAUGCGCCGCCUCCCGACGAGGACGAAGAGAUGGAAGGGGCCAAUGACGAUGAUAUGCGCUGGAGAAUCAUGCAAAGACACUACUUCAUGCAGAGCCAGGCACAUGUCAGAUGCGCCGUGUUCCACCCGGAUACAAAUUUACUGGUAGCUGGCUUUUCCAAUGGCAUAUUUGGUCUGUACGAAAUGCCUGACUUCAAUCCGAUCCACACCCUUAGUAUAUCCCAGAAUGAAAUCGAUUUUAUUACUAUCAACAACAGUGGUGAGUGGCUGGCUUUCGGCGCCUCUAAGCUUGGCCAGCUCCUGGUUUGGGAAUGGCAAUCAGAGUCCUACAUCCUCAAACAGCAGGGCCACUUCGACUCGAUGAACUCACUUGUUUAUUCGCCCGACGGAAAACGUAUCAUCACUACUGCCGAUGACGGUAAAAUAAAAGUAUGGGAUGUGGAGUCCGGAUUUUGUAUUGUCACAUUCACUGAGCACACAAGUGGUGUUACGGCUUGCGAAUUCGCUAAAAAGGGCAAUGUAUUGUUCACCUCAAGCUUGGACGGCUCGAUCAGAGCCUGGGAUCUGAUAAGAUUCCGAAAUUUCAGGACGUUCACGGCGCCGACGAGGCUCUCGUUUUCUUGCAUGGCGGUAGAUCCAAGCGGGGAAGUUGUUGCAGCAGGGUCCCUAGACUCAUUUGAUAUUCAUAUUUGGUCAGUUCAGACUGGCCAAUUGCUCGAUCAACUAGCUGGGCAUGAGGGGCCUAUCUCAUCACUAGCCUUUGCGCCUAACGGCGGCUUGUUAGUCAGCGGCAGUUGGGACCGUACGGCUCGGCUGUGGUCUAUAUUCGGCCGUACACAGACAAGCGAACCUUUGCAGCUUCAGUCGGAUGUGCUAGAUGUUGCUGUUCGACCCGAUUCAGAACAACUCGCCGUCUCUACCUUGGAUGGCCAGCUGACCUUCUGGUCCAUUUCUGGUGGAGAGCAGGUAUCUGGGCUCGAUGGCCGGCGUGAUGUUUCUGGAGGCCGAAAGGUUUCCGAUCGAAGAACAGCCGCGAACGUGUCAGGCACAAAGAGUUUCGGCACCAUAAAGUAUAGCACGGAUGGUAGCUGUCUACUUGCGGGUGGGAGCAGUAAGUAUAUUUGUCUAUAUUCUGUGAGCACUAUGGUUCUGCUCAAAAAAUUCACUGUCAGCGUCAAUCUUUCAUUAUCUGGCACUCAGGAGUUCCUCAACAGUAAGCUUCUUACCGAGGCGGGCCCUGAAGGCUUGCUCGACGACGAAGGGGACUCGGAUGGAAACAAUCGCCCGGAUGAUUCUCUUCCAGGGUCAAAACGUGGAGGUGAUCCAUCAGCCAGAAAGAAGCUCCCAGAAGUCAGAGUUACUGGUGUUGCCUUCUCUCCUGCUGGUACGUCUUUCUGUGCCGCUUCCACCGAAGGACUUCUCAUUUAUAGUGUCGAUAAUGAGCUCCAAUUUGAUCCGUUCGACUUAAAUAUGGAAAUCACACCAGCCUCCACUCUCGCAGUUCUCGAGAACGAGAAAGAUUACCUGAAGGCCCUUGUGAUGGCGUUCCGGCUGAAUGAAGCGGGCCUGAUCAAGAGGGUAUUCCAAGCUAUACCAUAUCCUGACAUUGCAUUAGUGGUCGAACAAUUUCCCACAGUUUACGUGGCCAGGUUAUUGCGAUUCGUAGCAGCACAGACAGAAGAAUCACCUCAUAUCGAGUUUUGCAUGCUCUGGAUCAAAGCUUUGGUGGAUAAACAUGGUCCAUGGCUAACAGCCAAUAGAAGCAAGGUUGACGUUGAACUCCGGAUAGUUUCCAGAGCUAUCGCUCGGAUGCAGAACGAGAUCAGACGCUUGGCCGACGAGAAUAUUUACAUGGUUGACUACUUGCUUGGGCAGGCUAAUACAAAGUUUGCUGGAAACACCGAUCAAGGUCCCAGCCACGAGGGCGACGAGCCAAUGAAGUUGCUGACAAUGAGCGAACCAGAAGUAGCUGGAUCACAAGACGACUCUGAAGGAGAAUGGAUAGGUCUAGACUGA